CAUUUAACUGACUUAAAGUAUUAAUUAAAUAAUCGGCAAUUAAUUUCUACGGUAAUCACUGUCCACUCGCACACACACAUAGACUGAAUGGCCAACAAUACGGGUAACGAUAUGAACACUACCGCAGCUGCCGAUGACAACAAUCAUUUCGCCGCCGCCACAUCAGCCGCAGAGCAGAACCACCGACGGUCAUCAUCAUCGGCGGCCACAACGACAACACCGAAGAGACGGCUGUCAAGCGAUGGCCAUAAGGGCGCGUCGCCGGGAGCCGAAAAGGGUUCAUCGUCGGCGGCCAAACGCCAGAAACGGGGCAAACAGUUGCGCGACCAGAAUGCUCCGCGGGUACCGCUGAAUGGUUACGUACGAUUUCUGAACUCGAAUCGCGAUCGUGCUAAAGUGGCCAAUCCGGGACUAAGUUUUGCCGAUAUUACCAAAAUAUUGGCCGCCGAAUGGACGGCAAUGGAUGUCGAAGCUAAACGCAAAUAUCUGGAUGAAGCAGAAAAGGCACGCGAAGUCUAUAUCAAAGAACUGGAAGAAUAUCAGCGAACGGAUGCCUAUCAGGAGUUUCUGGUAAAACAAAAACAACGACGCGAACAAAAGCUACAGCAAAAACAGUUGGCCGCGAGUGGUGGCGGUGGACCAGCUAAUAGUGGUGGUAGCGGUCACGGCAAACAUGGAUCAGGUGGUGGCCACUUGUCGGUUAAUAACGAUGAAAAUCAAGCACUGGACACCACCACCAUCAACACCACCACCUCAGGAGGUGGCCUCACCGUUGAUGUCAGCUCGGGUACACUGGAUCUGCCGAUUUUUACCGAAGAAUUUCUCGACCAUAACCGUACCCGCGAACAUGAACUAAGACAACUACGGAAAUUGAAUACCGAAUACGAAGAACAGAAUGCUAUCCUAAGCAAACACAUCGACAAUAUGAAGUCGGCCAUCGAAAAGCUGGAAUCCGAAACUGUUCAGCAGCGGUCAAACAUCCAGCAGAUUGGCCAACAUUUGAAUCAAUUGCGCCAGACAUUGGUGAAAAGUUUUGCUGCCGUCGGUAUGCCCGGUACUGGCGAUGUGCCGACAAUGGACAACGUUGACGACUAUAUUGUCAAAUUGCACGCAAAACUUACCGUCAAAGAUAAAUCACGCGAUACGGAAGCACUGGCCGAACGGGUGCGCGGUAUUGUGGCGGCCAUUGACUACGGUUUUCAUUGAUUUGAUUUACCGCUAAUUGGU